AUGCAGAAGGUCAUCCAGAGGACGGCCUCGGCCAGGAAGCAGGCCCAAAAGAAGCUCUUCCGGGCCAAGAAACAGGAGGCAUUGGUGGAUCGCAAGGACACGAUUCGGACGCGAAAGGACUACAACCGGGCCUUGAUUGACAACCUCAAGGCAGCUAGAACCGCUCGCUGGGAGGACUGGCAGAAGGGAGAGCUUGCCCCGAAGCGUGAUUCUGGAUUAGCAGCUACGACCUACGGUGCCCUCGAUCCUGCUCUGAUGCACGCUCCACGCCUUCCGCAACACCGGCGCCGAAAGCACAUCCUCUUCGCACCGGGAGAUCGUGUUUGCAUUAUUCGUGGUCGUGACCAGGGCAAGAUUGAGGAGGUCACUCAGGUCAAUGAAGACAAUGAGACUCUGCUGAUCAAGAACAUCAAUGAGGCCGAUAUCACUGCUCCGGAAUGGGCGAAGGCUUCAUAUGGAAUCAAAACCGACGUUGUGACGCAGCCCCUGCCAGUGCCGAUGGAUGACGUUCGACUUGUCUUCGCGAUGACCGACGGUGCCAACACUAAAGACUACAUUGUACAACACGCCUACGCUGGAAAGCCUUACCUCGAGCAGCCCUCUUGGAGCAAACUCCCUAAAUUCACUCGAUAUGUCUCCGGUCUGAACGUCGCCAUCCCUUGGCCCAUUGAGGAGGAACCCAACCAUGAAGAAGGGCAAUACGAUACAACACGAAUGGAAGUGGAAGAAAACACCUGGGUGCCUUCUUUGGACAACCCGCCAUUCCCCUCCACCAUCAUGGACGAACUGCGCAACAAAUACUCCAGAUUCCGAACACGCCACGACGAGGAAUACGUGAGGGAGAAGAUUAUGGAUGAGUACCGCCAGGAAUACCUUGCCAGCCAGGCUUUGUUGACGCCGGCCGGUGAAUUGAAGAAGAUGAAGGUCGAACAGAGCAUCCAAGCGAGAAAGGCGAGAAUGGAUGAGGACGGCAACAUGAUCAUGGAUCCGGAGACAACCAAUUUCAUCGAGCGCUUCUUGAGCCAGAAUGUGGCUUCCAAGCCGAGCAAGGGUGCGGGCAAGGCCAAGCAGACUGCCUAG